AUGGAGCCUACGUUCAUUGGAUACAUUGCCUCCACGUUUGAUGCACUCUUGCUUUUUGAAGCUUGCUAUCAAUCAAAACUCUCUCUUAUAAAAAGAAGACUAACAAGUCAUGAGCGAAAGACCUUGAUACAUUCGGGAAGCAUUUUCAUAUAUGACGAGGGAUGCAGCAAUGUGAAGCGAUGGACUGACGGUUUAACUUGGUCGCCAUCACGAAUUGUUGGCAAUUUUUUGCUUUACAAGGAACUGGACAAUACAAUCUCAAAAAAACGUGACAACAAAGAUAUCUACAGAAAGAGAGUAUCUUAUCCUGUAGGCUCAAAACGCACCCAAGGCCAUAUUGGAAACCACUCUUUAAAUAAUGAAACACAAUCUUCACGUCUAAAGGCUGACGGACUGGUAAAGAAAACAAUAACUAUAAGUUUGUUUGGCCGACCUCAUCAUUUAAUUUCCUAUUAUUCCGUCAAUGAUGUUGCCAUAGGAAAACUUCGUUCUCCGAGUGAGCUUCCACAGUUUCAGGACAUUAAAGUAUCAACCGAACUUCUCCAAGGCUCAAACUUUCGUAUUUCCCCAAUUGUGGAGAAAGAGAAAAAACAGUUUUAUGAGAGCAUAUCAACCUCUAUACAGGAACAACAAACAAUGUUAGACAAUGAGCAGUCUGGUUUAACAUUAAACACCAUGAAACCAGCUGACAAUAAAACUCAGGCAACCCCUUUUCAAGAAAACGACCCUGACCCAGUGAACUAUCUUUCCAUAGAUGCCCAUACCAACUGUCCAACAGAAACCCCGAACUUACUCGAUAUGAUAAUUUUCAAAAACUUAAAGCCCCCAGUUAUGGAAGAACUCGAGUCAAAUCUUGUGGACUACCCUUUAAACUUUGAGCCUACUGCCUCAUCCAUGGUUGUCAACGACGCCGAUCAACUUCUUCCCAAAACUUUCCCAAAUUACGAAGACAAUUCUUCCUUUAAUUGUCUAGAUCACGAGAAUUUUAAUCAUACAGUCUCUUUCUAUCCCACUCUGUAUGCUGGUGCAAGCUCAUCCUCGCCUCCCGACAAAGUAAAAGCGUCAAUCUCAAACGAGCUGCAGAAAUACGACUUUGGCACUGGAUUUUAUGUUUCUGAUUCAACUCCUUGCUCUAAUGAUCCUGUGUUAUUAAACGACCUUUGCAUGUAUCCGCCUCCUAAUCCGCAUCGUGACAUCGAUAUCAAUCCGCCAUUUUCUACUCUCGCUUGUAAACGUUUUAAGUACUACUGCGACAAUUAUAAGACAUCAUCCUAUCACAGGACAGGUUAUCCACGCCUAACGCGUCUAUAA